AUGGCCGCAUUCGUGCGCGUGUCCGGGCCUCCGAAUGGUAAUUUCCUCAUCGGUUAUCCUGGUAUAUCGGCGACGUUGCCGCGCGUGGAAGGUAGAGUCGAGAUACGUCCCAGUGUUGGCAUCACAGCGCCUGUAAACAUUUCACUAGUCACCAUAUGUCUUCAACGCAAAGAAACAAUCCACCCCUCCGCAGACUCGGUCACGAAGAAACAUCUUGCGCCGCCCCGAAAAGAAGUUAUAGAAUUGGUUGGAAAGGAGAUGUUAUUAUUCCGAUGCCCUGCCGGUCGAGAAUAUGAAGAAGUCAUGUCAAUGGACCUUCCUUUUGUUUUGUUCAUUCCCUACGGACGAGGAGGCCAGGAGGUAUCCCGGCGAAUCCCUGCGGCUAGUCUACAACUUCCCAGUCGGACGGCGGAAACAUUUUAUGAGAUUGUUGUGACGGUACAACAGGGCCAGUCAGAUCAGCGAAAGUACGGUUUCCCGGUCCCCAUCUGCCGAUACGAUACCCUAUCUACAUUCGGAAUGUAUAAUAGGCCAGAGACGGCCGAGAAAGUAACGGAUCAUUUGGUGACUUUGGGUAUAUCACUUCCUCGGGGUUCAUAUGGUCCGCUGGAUCCUGUCAGCGUAUACGUUAGACUGUCACCAAAUCCAGAUUGGCUAGCGAAAGCCAGGAAAGUCACAAUCAACAAAAUCACGAUCGGAAUUGAUGAAGAGAUUAUAUAUAACCACGAAGGAGACGAACCACAACGGAAAGUGAAGACGAUCAUAAAACGGACCGAGAGUGUCGGUACCAAGCUUUCAGAUGUAGGCUGGGCAGCGAACUUGGGGUUAGUGUUUCCAGCGAAAGAUACCCGUGAUGCAGAUGGGAUUCUGCCACGAGGGAAAUCGGCAUUUCCAUCUUAUCCGGUCAAUGGAUUUACAACUACCGCCAGUCUUUACAAGAUUGAAUACUAUCUCACUGUGAAGGCGCAUUUGAUAUCUGCAAGAGAUAUCGUGAUCCGGCAGCCCAUCGUCGUCUGUCCAAUCGACCAUGCCGGGUGCAAAGAAGAAAUGGAAGCAAUAGAGCAAUCCGCCCGCGAUGCUGCAAUGAUUAAUCCCGAGAAUCCAGCUUUGCCGCAUCCGACAAUCGUUCGAUAUCACGAUUACAACGCACUGUCCGUUCUGGGAGUAGCUGUUGUUGGGAACCAGAAGAGGCCGUUGAUCGAUUGA